AACAGGGAGUGGGGCAAUUGGCAGUUUACUCAGAGGUGGGGAUGGAUCUGUUCCAUUCAGAUGGUCAUGAUGGCGUUUGGGAUUCUGAUCAAUGAGUUCAUUUACAACGCCGAUGUCACUGCCUACAUUUUACUCGGUUUCUGUUUCUACGCUUUGUUCGUGAGUCAAGCGUGCAGAUUCCCGGUGCAGCUCGGCGCAACUUCGGCUUUGCUUGGCUCAACUGCCAUCAUGGCGUGGGCUCCCUGGAAGAACGACGGCGAGAGGCACCCCGUAGAAGCCGGCAUCAUCACCUUCGUCCUGAUCCUGAUCUGCAUUUUACGCCACGGGCUAGCUGGUGACCCUCCGCAUAACAACCGGAACCGAUAGAGCAGAGUGGUUUCGUGCCGGACUGAAGGGGUGGAUUCAUGCAAAGUUCUGAAUAAUCCAGCUGACUUUUUGUUUCGUUCCGAGAGAAACUUUUUUGUCCCGGCCAGUUGGUUGCCCCCGGUAAAUUUUGGGGGUUGCUCUUGCUUGAGAGAUGCUUGCACUCAUGCAGAGUUGCGUUUUGGCUUUGUUUCCACAAACCCUUUUUCCCCCGAGCAGUUGGUUGCUCUGAGUACUUUUCCCCUGAGCUGUUUGCUGCUCUCGCUCGUAUAUAAAACAGGGAUUUACAUUGUUGAACUG